AUGGAGCUUGUCUCUCUUCCGGCCCUUUGGGCAUAUUGGUCCUCCAAGGACCGCCUCUCCGAGCAGUCCAUACGUGAGGUCGAUUGGUUGUCUCUUGCACGCGCCAUGAAAGCCCUUCCAGCCAAUCUCCAACGCUGGACACCCAAGCAUAUCUCCGGUAUGACAGGGGUGGGAAAAUUAUUGGCCAUUUGGAACCGUUCGGCGAUGAGCUCUUGCCCCAGAUGCUCCUCCUGCCCGGUGGAAGAUCACCUCCAUGUUCCCCGCUGUUCUGCCCGUACUGCAGCUGCUGAAUGGUCCAAACGCCACCUGGCCUUCCGGACCUGGAUGCAAACUCAGCAGACCGCCCCAGAGAUUGAAGUCUUCCUCUUUGAAUACCUGAAGAUAGUCCGCCAGCCUUCCUUGGGAGUCACCACCGUCCGUGCCUGGUCUCACCAGCUCCAUCUCUUCCGAAGCGCAAUCUCCUCCCAAGCCGAGCUUGGGGCCCAGGGCCUCCUUGAGGGCCUAGUGUCUCACAAAUGGAAACACCUGCAAGCCCUUCACUUCUCCUACAUUGGCUCCAAGAAGUCCACCAACCUUUGGGCCUCCCGCCUGAUCCAACAACUGAUCCGAAUCGGGCACUACAUGUGGAAAGACCGCAACCAGCUUGCCCACUCUGAAGACAGCUCCUGGUACACGGCUCGCAAGCGGGAGAUUGACAGUUUGCCAUGGGCCUGA